AUGUGUCGAGUAUCUACUGCUCGCCAUCCACUUGCGGCAUCGGACGGUUGAUUUGAGGCAGAAGACCGAGGUUGAGGAUGUCGCGUUGUGGAACGCUGCUCGCCCCACAACUCGGCAUUAGUGUCGUCCACGACACGACACGGCUUGCCGGGGUGCUCCCAGUCCCCAUUAAGUUUCAAUGGAAGCUCCGGCACGACAAAAUUGCCGCUCUGAUAAAGGCGAACUUGACGUUGUCCCGAGUCGAGUUUUCGACUGUUCACUCCUUCACUUGGUUGUAUUAUUAUUCUAUUUCAGGCCCAGCAGUCAUACCAUUUCCUUCUACAUUGUUUAUUGUCUUAGUUGACCAAUUGAUUCGGCUUCGUUACCGGAUACAAACGGAAACCCCCGUUUCACUCAGACAGCUCCUCCGGGCCAUUCGACCGUCAUGCUCACUCCUAAUAAACUUGCCAUAUCGGCAGCGUGGCUGUUGCUCCUCGGGGCGACAUCAGCAGCCGAGCGAGCCGCUGUCGACAGCUCCGACGUCACAACGACCAUUACCACGGUGCUGACUACCACCACCGGGGUGCCAACUUUGCUCUCCACUGCGCCAAACGAUGCGACAGACAGCGUCCUCAGCACGACGACAGGCGCCGCCAGGCCAGCACCCACCAACCAAAAAGGCGCUGCCGAGUUGGCCGCUUGCCACAACACAGACGGCGAGUUCAGGCCGUUCUGCCUGCCCAAGCACAACGACGUCUACUACCCAGACUCGAUGCACUACAUAACCUGGGACCCCUCUUUCUUCCCAGGCGCCAACACGACCCUCAAGCUCAUCGGCUUCUACACCAACACCUCGGAACCAACCCCGACCAACGCGGGCCCGCCGACCGGCGAAGAACGAGCUUUCAGCUCCGAGGACAUCGAAGCAGGCUGGGGCCUAUACGAAUGGCACAUCCCCGGGUCGCUGCUCUCCCGCACGGGCCACGAGCUGAUCAACAUCACCCUGCACAUGGUGGCGCUGCCCAAGGGCGCCGCCCGCGCGCAGUGGCUGACGGGGCCGACCAUCACGCUGCGGUGGAAGCCGAAGCCGCCUCCGGCGCCGAAGCCCCCGAAGAACAGCGCGCAGGAGCUGUACAUUGCGCUGCCCCUCGUGUUUGGGUUCGCCGUGCUUAUGAUUGUGGGCACCUUCUUUAUGAAUAGGCAGAUUAGGCGGAUUGGUGUCGGGAAUGUCAUAACCAGGACGCGUAGGGGUGCUGCUGGGGUGCUGGGGAGGAGGAAAGGGGGUAAUGGUGUCGGGGCGAGUAAGAGGGAUCGGGCGAGGAAUCAGGAUAAGGAAUUGGGGAUUCGGUUGAUGGAGCGGGAUGGGGCGGUGAUGGAGUCCGAUGAGGAGAGGGCGGGCAGUUGGGAGGAGGGCUGGGGGAGUCAGGACAGUGGCGGGGCUGGGAGGAGGGUAUUCGAGAGGGUUGGUGGUAAAAGAGACUAACUAGGGGCUGGGUAGGUUGUACCUUGGGGCACGAAUUGGCGUUGGCUUGGGGAGAAUUGAAUAUAGACGCGAGCAAUACAAGAAGCGAG